CUGAUCUGUUUUCACAGUGUGAGAUACACAGAGACUGACCACAAUGAGUUCAACACAAGACACAAUUUUCAAACCCAGACUUCUUCAGCUGGAAUGCCAUUUUACCUGGGCUCUGAACAAAAAUGAUGUAGAUCUCGCUGACCUUCUGAACAGGCUAGAAGAACAGCUUAACCUGGAUCUUGGAGGGGAGACAGGAGCUGCACGCACACACAGCUAUAAGGGAUUUGUGAAAUUUCUUCUUGGCUCCAAUACUGAGGCUCUCAGCAACUUUGAGAGAUCUGUAGAGCUCACUAUGUCUCGUGGAAAUGACUGUGACAAAUUGCUUGUUGUUGCUUAUGGAGACCUUGCAUGGUUAUACUAUCACAUGGGUAAUUUCACAGAGUGUGAAAGCUACUUGAAUAAACUGAGCGAGAUUAAAACAAAAUAUCCAUCUGUCCCAUAUGCUGAGGUGCUUGGAGAAAAAGGAUGGACAUUCCUUAAGUUUUCUCAGAAAUAUUAUGAAUGGGCUAAAGAGUGCUUCAAGAAGGUCCUGGAGCUGGAACCAGAGGACCCUGAAUGGAAUGCCGGCCUUGCUAUUGCUCUGUAUCGGCUGGAGUAUAAUCUCCAAAAUUCAGCGGUGUCAACUGAAACUUCAACUGAAAAUUCAACUGAUCAGCUUAGACGGGCCAUAACUAUGAAUCCAGACGAUGAUGUUCUUAAGGUUCUGCUUGCACUUAGAUUGACUGUUGACAAGAAGUACAAUGAGGCAGGGAGCCUAGUGGAGCAAGCCUUAGAGAGCUCUCCAGAACAUCCACAUGUGAUUCGAUAUGUUGCAAAGUUUUUGCGGAAUCAAGGGUCUGUGGACAGGUCUAUUGCCCUCCUAAAGAGAGCAUUAGAGAAAGUGACCAAUGCAGCCUUUAUUCACCAUCAGCUGGGGCUUUGCUAUAAGAAAAAGAUCCAGAAUCUGAGGUUUGCAGGAAGCCACCACAGAACAGGUGCUGAAAUUAAGCAAGCUCAAGAGCAGUGCAUCUACCACUUGGAGAUGGCGACCGAACUGAAGACUGGCUUCAUCCUUGCUAUGGGUGAUCUGGCCCUUCAGUAUGGGAUGACACAGGAUAUGCAGAGAGCAGAAGAAAUGUUCCAGAAUACAUUUCAGACAGCUAAAGAAAGAAACGAGGGCUGCCAGUAUGUUCAUCUCUGUUAUGCAGAAUUCCAGCAGUACAGUAUGAAAUGUGAGCCUGCUGCCAUCAAACACUACACUGAAUGUCUGAAGAUAAAUCCAAAUACAUAUCAUGGGAAGAAAAGUGCUGAAAGUCUGAAAAAGAUUGCAAAGAGAAGAAUUGAGAACAAUCCACAGGAUGGAGAGGCCUUUGGAAUACUUGGAAUCAUUCAUAAGGAACAAGGAGAAAAGCAACAAGCCAUAGAGUGCUUUGAGAAAGCGCUGAGCUGUGAAGACAAUGAGGAUUAUCUCCGUGAUCUUUGUGAACUUCGGAUUUCAUUACAGUAAUAUUACAAAUAUCCUGUUUGAUAUAUAGCCAAUUAUGUAUACAGUCAUGAGAGUUAAUGGUGACUGUAUACUGUCUGAAAUUAAAAUACACACACACACACACACACACACACACACAUAUAUAUACACACACACACA